AUGACACCCGAGGAACACCACGACGCCGUCUUCCUGCUUGGACCAUGGCUGGUCGGGUGUUACCUGGAGAUAUUCUUCCAGGGUGUGCUGAUGGCGCAGUUCACCAACUACUUCAACUGGUAUUCCGACGAUAAGUUGUCGUUGAGGCUAGUGGUCGGUGGACUGCUCUUCGGCACGGUCCUGAAGUCCGUGCAGUCAUUUGCUCUCAUCUGGAUACAGUUGAUUGAGUACUUCACGGAUCUUCCUGGCGCGAUCUUGUUAAAUUAUACGUCUUGGUGGCAAUCGGGCAAUCCUCUUAUGGUGGCUUGCAUCGGCUUCUACGUGCAGAUGUACUUCGUAUAUCGCCUCUGGGUCAUCUCCAAAAGCUGCUAUGUUGUCAUCCCGCUCUUCGCGAUCUUCCUGUUCAGUCUGCUAUCCAUCGCCGUCGCGACGUACUACAUCGCCCAAGCGGUUAGCCCGCCCAUCGCAAUGUGGUUCGCUAUGCACCUCUCGGCUACAUUCGCCGGAGACUUGAUUAUGACUCUCACGACCGCCUACUUUCUCAUACGCUCGAAGGCCAAUGUCUUGCCGCAAACCGUGGGCAUGAUCAACGCUCUCGUUCGCCUCACCUUCUCAACAGCGGCACCUGCGGCUGUUUGCGCGAUGUUCAACUUGAUCUUCUCGCAAGUCUUUGAUGGUCACGUCGCCCUCAUCUCCUCGGCAUUCAACCAGAUCCUGCCCAAGUUGUACGCCAUCAGCAUGAUGUGGACGCUCAAUUCGCGACGGACCAUCCGCGUCGCGCAUAGCAGUGGGCCAUUCAGUGGUAGCGGGAGUGAGCAGCUCUCCGGGACACGCGCACGAGCAUAUAGCGGCGCCCGCUCGAGGGUGCAGGAUCACGAGUUGACGAACAUACAAGUGCACACGCAUGUCGAGACCGUGCGCGCGAUCGACGUGAUGCUCGACGGCGACGACUCGACGCGGUCGGCGGACCUCAAGGACGCCCACCACUCGCACGAUGUCGACACCAAAAGGGAGUACGGCGUCUGAUCACACACGGCGCCGCGAUGCGCCUCGUCCAGACCUGGACGACCGACUGCGCCCUUCCUCCCGGUGGCCCCGGGCCCUGUGAAUUUCUGUACGGCGUCCGCUCUGCAGCGCCUGUGUAUAUGUCACGGACACCUUCCUCCCACUCCCUAGAAACCGGGGCUCGCGACACGUUGACCCUUCGUCGACGCCCGCUCCUCAUCCUUUCGUUCCCCUCGCGUCUUCGCUGAGCGGUUACAUUUAUUGGGCCACUUGUCGCAAAUGUUGUAUUACCUCCCCCCAUACCACCCCGCCUGUAUUACCCGGCUUCCACCGAUUUAUUUAUCUGACCACGACCGCUUUUGUCUUCUUCCUCAGGAUGUAAGCCUUUGGGUACCGUGCUGGACGAUGUUAUGCAAACCGCUAGGGAAAGCCUACAUGGUUGAAUAGGUGUG